AUGGCCUCAACUCGACAACUCGAUUCUACUCUUAGGACCCUCCAUGCCAUUGGGUGGGUUGGGGAGGGGGGUAAUGUGCGUAAUCAGCUUCCAAGUCAACACUACAUCAAGGACAUGUCGGCGGUUCACAAAUCCGCUUGUGGGUAUCUGCUCAUCUGGACAGAGUAUUUUUCCUAUUUAGGGCAAAAAAUCCAACAGGAGGCUGCAAAUCAAGCUAAAAUUGAUGUUUCUAAAGCCAAUAUGAAGGGUGAAAUUGGAUCCAAGCUUCGCCAAGGUCAGACGCUUUAGAAUGCAGCGAAGAUAGAUGCAGAGACGAAGAUCAUAGUGACACAGAGACAAGGACAGGGGAAGAAGGAAAAGAUAAAGGUGAAAACGGAGGUGAAGGUGUUUGAGAACCAGAGGGGGGCUGAAGUGGCUGAAGCAAAUGCAGAGUUGGCAAUGAAGAAGGCAAAGUGGGCCAAGGAUUCACAAGUUGAAUUUCUAUCUGUUUGACCUAAACAAAGGUACAAGGUACAAGAGGCGAAUUAGGAGCUUUACAGAAAGCAGAAGUCAGCUGAAGCAAUUCUGUACGAGAAGGAGAAACAAGCGGAGGGUCAGAAGGCAAUGGCGGAGGCGACACUCUACUCCCGCCAACAAGUCGCCGAUGACGAAUUAUAUGCAAAACAGAAGGAGGCAGAGGGACUUGUUGCUCUUGCUCAAGCUCAAGGUACUUACAUACG